AUGGAGGGUCUAUCUGAAGAGUCUGAAAGGGUUUCCGUUCAGAUCUCCUCCUUGUCAACUCAACUCAUCGAGAGCAUCGAAAAACAAUCCCAGCUAGAAGAAAGACUAAAUAAAGCUAACAGAACGAUCCAAAUUCAGAAGAGCAUUGUUGAUCAGUAUGAGGAAUUUAAGCUGGUGUUUGAUGGAUUAGAGAGGAAAUAUAAUGGCCAAACCGAAGAAAUAGAAAAGCUGAAAGAAGAAUUAGCCGCAGAGAAAGAGCUUCGAUCUGCCGCUCAAAAGACAGUGGAGGAAUUGAACACGGAGAUUGAAGAUUUAACAGCAUCGCUAUUUAAUGAAGCAAAUAAGAUGGUGGCAACUGCUCGCAAAGAAGGGCAUGCGCUUGAAGUGGAGAACACCAAGUUAACGGAACAGCUACGAGAAAAAGACUCGAUACUCGAGAUUUUGAACCUUCAGGUGAAGAAUCUCAAGAAGAUAUUGCAAAAUGUAGAAGAGGAAAGUAUGGCAAAGACAGCGCCCCAUGUGAAACCUUCGACGACAGAUAACGACAAAUCUGGAUCGACCUUACUGCUAAACAGGGCUUCCACUUCAAGCUCAAGCAAAUUACAUGAACAACUCUCGGGACCAAUUUACUCGCCAAAUAUAAGAUCUAUUCGUUAUGAUCUCGACUUGUACAAAGAAUUUAUGAAAUUCAUUGCUGUUUUGCCUCGCUGUGAGACACUGAAGGAAGCGUCGUCUAGCUCGAAGUUACUGAGGAGGUUGAUAAACGAUGAAAUACAACCAAUCUUGAGGCUAGACAACGCCAGCGGGCUGGGGUGGAUUGUUAGAAGGACUUUAAUGUCAUUAAUGAUGGAGGGAUUAGUUGUUGUAGAGCCUCUGAGUGGAAUCAAUGAAAAUUUCCAGUACGGCUCGCCAACUUUGAAAAGCUCAGAGUUCAGGCACGCUAACUUAAGCAAUACAAAGGAUAACCAUCUGUUCAAUUUUCCCUUGGACUCGCCACCAAUCGCCGUUCAUGACAAGUGCUCAUUUUGUUCUGAAGCCCGAGAUGACGUUCUAGAACAUGCCAGGAUGUACGUUCUUAAAACUCAGAAUAAGUUAGAGGAUGGUUCGCUCGUUAUUACCAAUAGCUUUCCACUUUGUCGGUAUUGUUUACUGAAAGUGAGACAAACCUGCGAGAUCUUCGCAUUUUUAAGGUCCUUGAAGCUUGGCACUUGGAACCUUGAGAAAGUGACUUUGACCAGUGUGGCGAAAGAUGAAGGACGUGCAACUAAUGGUGGCUCGAGAGACGAGGGAAGCCCGAGAAAAGAAGGAAAGUCGUCGCAUAGAUUGAGCGUUAUAGGAGGUACAACUAAAACGGAACCGCAAGUGGAUACGAAGGUCGAACUGGCAGGGUCUCCCACGAGCAACAUCCAGAGAGCAUGGUUGCAGCUGUGUAAACUGCGCUCCGCUUUGCAUUGGACCCACAUUGGAAUCUGGUCUAUUGAUGACUCCAUAGGCCAGAAGAUAGGUCCACUGGUGACUCCCAUUAACGAAGAGGGUGAUGCAGGUGAUAUCUCGCCGAUUGUAGUUGGUGGCAGUAACUUUUCACUUGGAAAAGCAGACUCGGAGGAUUUCACAAUAAAGAAGGGCGACGAUGGAGAGCCCACGGAGAGUGAAACUUUUGACUUCGAAGGCAAGAAUGCAUCCCCAGCGACAAGCGUCCAUGAUGUGGAAUUAUCGAUAAAUAAAGGCGAAGCAGACAUUUGCAGACCAGCGAGUACGAACGCAUCAGAGGAGCGUGACACUACUGUCAGACGAGUAAACGACAAAGAAUCUUCUCAAGGACUAAACGUCAGAGACUCAAACAUAGAAAGAUCGCCAUCAACAUCAAAGUUAAUUGAGUCAACUGAUGCAGAAAACGACCGGUCAAAUACUUCUUCUGGCGAUGAGAUUGGACUACAACAGAACAACUUCUCAUCAUUUGGCCCUCAAGAGACUGGGCACAAGGAGCCCCCAAAUGAUUGCAAUGGCCAACCUGAAACAAAUGACGAGAUAUCUAACGAUGAAGAGGCGUAUGGAGAUGCUCUUGAUAACCACGGUUUAGAUGAGGUAAAGCACGUGACCUCAGCUCAAGGGCAGGCUUUAUCUUAG